UCAGUCUUCGUCAAGUCGCCAUCUUGCCUUGAUGUAAGCUAGUAGGACAAACAAUCUCGUUCAGUGAUAAUUUAUGAUAAAUCACAACUGUUGCGUGAGUACUUGUUAUAGUUUUUAAUAACAAUUUCAUAAGGAGUGUGUGCUAACUUAAGAUACUGAGCACGGUCAAGCGACAGGUCUUAAUACUUGGUUACGAGUGGUCAACAUGGGCCGCUCUCGAAGCCGCAGCUCAUCCCGGUCUAAACACUCAAAAAGCAGCAAACACAGCAAGAAGAGGAGCCGGUCGCGAUCCAGAGAUAGGGAGAGAUCAAAGAAGCGGUCCAAGUCGAGAGAAGCAAAGAGGAGCAGGCGCCGAAAUUCUCGCUCCCGGUCUCGGUCUGCUACAACCUCGUCUCGCCGGGACAGGGCUGCAUCCCCUCCGGAGCGCAUCGAUAUCUUCGGAAGGACAUUGAGCAAAAGGAAUGCCCUCGACGAGAAGCAGAGGAAGGAAGAGGACGAAAGAAAAGCUGAAAUGGAACGGCAAAGAAAGAUUCGUCAACAGGAGAUUGAGGAAAAGCUUAUCGAAGACGAGACAGCACGGCGAGUGGAGGAGCUGGUGGCCAAGCGGGUGGAAGAAGAGUUGGAGAAGCGUAAGGAUGAGAUAGAGCGAGAGGUGCUGCGACGUGUUGAGGAGGCAAAGCGCAUCAUGGAGAGACAGUUGCUGGAAGAGCUGGAGAGGCAACGGCAUGCUGAGUUGGCAGCACAGAAGGCCAGAGAGGAAGAAGAAAAAUCUAAGCGAGAGGAACUCGAAAAAAUCUUGGAGGAGAAUAACCGUAAGAUCGCCGAGGCUCAGGCCAAACUGGCUGAAGAUCAGUUGCGCAUUGUGGAGGAACAGAGAAAAAUUCACGAGGAGCGCAUGAAACUGGAGCAGGACCGACAGAAGCAGCAAAAAGAGGAGCAGAAAAUCAUCCUCGGCAAGGGCAAGUCCAGACCGAAGCUCUCCUUCUCCCUGAAGGCCACUGAAUGAAGGACUGCUCCCCAACAUCCCCAUCCAGCGCUGCUUCUCAUCAAGUACUUCAAGGUCGGCUGUUCUUCGUUUUGGAAGUGCUGACAAAAGUCAGAGGAAAAAGGUGUGAAACAUAAACUUGCUCGCCUCUGGGAAAGUUUACCGAAGAGGAGAAAGACCUGGAAGGACCCGCCCCACUGCAUCUUUACAAAAAGAACUCAACUUUGUGCUUUUGAUUUUUUUUUAACAUUUUUUUUUUAGGGAACUUGAACCUUUGCUGUACAAUGCUCUAACAUGCCCCUCCCCUAUAAGUAAGUCUUAACUUUGUAUGAUGACUAAUUGCUCCUCUGAAAUCCACUUAGCCAGCAACUGAUGUACCAGGCCCGUCCCUGAUGAAGAGGAAUACAAAGCUAAGCUAGACCAUCUCAUGUGCUGCUUGGGAGUUGGUGUUUGGUUUUCCUGUUUGUUCCUUCAAACUGUGGUAACAAAUCAAAGUGUGCCUUGAAAAGCACAGUUAUUUCCUGUUAAGAUGACAGGAUUCUUUUGUCGCCCCUGCCUCCUUUCACCCCGCUUCUUUGGCAUCCUCGAGCUCAUUGCGUUCGUUCAGUGAAGGUGUAACAAAACCCGACUUACUCCCAAACGGCCCAUGACUGAACCACAAAUCCAUGCAGGACUUUUGGUCCCUCCUAUGAUGUUUGUGGAGAAUGGACUUUUCCUGUAUGAUGUCAUGUUUGCUGUGAUGUACCAACUCUUUCCCAGUGUAGAUUUUUAGGUUUUUUUUAAUUAUUAUUUCCACAACCACGUAACGGAUCACAGUGAUAACUACAAAGGUGUUAUUUUGUCAAGUUCAGUGGAGAACUGUGUAUGUUUUUUUUUAUUCUGUAGCCUUGUAAUUGCAAAUUAACAUGGCAAGUUGCAUCCCAUGGUAAGUCUGGAAGGGUAGUGGAUGGCCAAAUUCAGGUAAGAUAUAACUUGGAGUGUGUGUGCGUGUCUGUGCGUAUGUGUGUGCAUGUGCGUGUGUGUGUGUGUGUAUGAGACAAGCGGACUUCAAGUGGGUAUACUGACUUCAUGUCAUUUUCCUUAAUUGUCAAGAAUAUGAACAAUAAACCUGUUGAGACAUCUUC